AUGUUGAAAGAAACAUGUGAUGUCCUUACUUUUGCUUUAUUUUGUUUUUACGGAGCAAGCUUUAUAGUUUGGAGGUUGUACUUCAGAAAUAUUCAUAUAAAUGGUGGUGCAAAUGGCUGUUUUUUUGUUUUGUUUAUUCUCCGAUAAGAGAAGGUCUUACUUCCAACGUUCUUUGCUUUGUUUCGCGGAGAUUAUUCAAUUUAUAUUGCUUUUUAUUCAUAUUUUUUAUAUUUUAGAUACCUACUCCAGCAUUUCCCAAUGUCAGCCGUUGAUAUAACCUUCAGAGUAAUCGGUGGCCUUGGAUUGGCCUACGUUGGCUACAGAAUCUUAAAACACUUGUGGGCAGUUUUUUAUCCGUAUGUUUUUGGCUGCAGAAAGAAUUUGAAGAAGCUCGCCGGAACAAACGUUGCUGGUAAGUUUUUUUCUCAUUUUUACUCUUUGAUUUAGUGAUAACUGGAGCAACUGAUGGCAUUGGCAAAGCAUUUGCUUACGAGCUGGCUGAGAAAGGGUUCGACCUUGUUUUGAUAUCCAGAACACAGUCCAGAUUGGAUCAGACGGCUGCGGAGAUUAAGGAGAAGCACGAGAAGCUGAAAGUUGACACGAUAUCCUUUGAUUUCUCUCAGACAAGCAUUGCUGCUUAUGAAGAAAACCUCUUGAAGAAGUUAGACAACUACGAAAUUGGGGUUUUGAGUAAGUUUUGGGGAACUAUAUUGGAGUAGGUAUCUGAAGAGGAAAAAAUACAAAUUUGAUGUCAAUUUGAAGAGGUUUUAUUUAAUACCCGGCGUUGAUAAGGUCUGAUGGGUGUUCAAGGUCAUUAAUUGCUUAUUUUGACUUUGUUAUUUUGCUAAAAUUCCUUGUUUUAUCUUUUUUCAGACCUAAAAUUUUAAUUUUUCAGUCAACAACGUCGGAGCGGCCUAUGAAUACCCGGAUAUCCUCAGCGAACACCCCUACACAGAGUUAGCCAAUGUUCUCAAUAUUGAUGCUCUUCCGGUUACCGUUUUAUCAGCAUAUGUCCUCAAACAGAUGAGUACAAGAAAGAAGGGAGUCAUCCUAAAUGUUUCAUCUUCGGCCGCCGCCAUUCCUCUUGGGUUGUGGGCCGUGUAUUCGGCGUCGAAGAAGUAUGUGAACUGGCUCGGCGACGCCAUCCGAAAGGAAUACAGAGGUUCCGGAGUGCUGAUCCAGACAUUUGUUCCAUUAAAAGUGGCAACCAAGAUGUCUAAACAAGAGAAAACAUCGUUAUUUGUCCCAUCGGUAGGUGCUUUUUGAGGUUUUAAAGGGCUGCUUAUAACAGACUAUGUGGGUUGGAAGCGAAAAACUCAGUUUCUACAUCAAAUUUUGGAUUUUUUAUCAAGUUACCUAGUGCAAUAUGAGAAACCUUUUGCAAGGUUAAGUUUUACUUAAAAUAUCGCGCCUUCAGCCCGCAAAGUAUGCGAAAUCCGCUCUGGGAACGGUGGGAUUGGCCAACGAGACGACUGGCUACUUUUUCCAUCAAGUUCAACAUGAGGUCGCAUUCAAAAUCCUGCCCGAAUUCGUCGUGGACUUCUUUUCGAACAUUGUGUCCCGGACGCUGAAAAAGGAUUACCUCGAAAAACAAGCACUCCUCAGUGCGCAAACAUAAUAACUUUUAUCGUACUACUCCAAAUAAAUAUCCUCGAUUAGCUCUACGGCUUUCUCUUAGAAGACUUCUUUGGAGGCGGCAGCUUGGGAACGGCAUCACCAUUCGUAUCCUUCUUUUUCGCCGGAGGUUCAGUACGUAAGAUUAUAUUUACUUGUUUUGGAACCCAUUUUUGCACGUUUGUUUAGUUAGUUUCCUGAUAGUUUACCAGGAAUUACUGGCGCCAAUUUAUUUUUCACCUGACAUUUAUUCAGCUGUAUGCCACUCCCGCUGCAUUUCAUUGGUUCAGAUUUACAGUAAAAGAUAACAGAGUUAAAAACGUUACUGUUUGGUUACAGACGUGUUGAAAGCUGCUGCUAAAACUUAUACCUACGCUGGUAGAGUUCUCCAGAGAGACGAGAUGAUCGAAUACGCCAUUGAUGUUGGCUAUCAUGACGUUGAGGUUAUCCCCAUGUCUGUGAAGAACGCCAUGGUUAUCUACGCUUGGUUUGUGGAAGUCAUCAACUUUAUUAUUUACAUCAUUAUGAUCCAGGUCAUCCUAAAGUACUCGACAAGGGAGAUUGGUGCAUAUAAAUGGUAAGAUUACAUAUAGUGUUACUAUUUUCCUGUUAGGCGACCUCAUUCGCAUCUUUGUAGGUAUAUCGUUGGAAGCCAGAGUUGCUGUGUGUUUGCGUUCCUGGUGAAGGCUCUUUUUGAAGACGAGCCGUUGUUUCCUUAUGAUGUCACAGUUGUUGGUGGCCUAGCCAGUUUAUUUCCGGUAAGAAUAUAGCCGGCAACCCGAAACGUUUAUUUUAGAUUAAUGACUUUAUUAUUCGCUCAUUGUACGCACUGUUCCAUGUCUUUUUCGUUGCGCACUUCUCAUGUGUAUUGCUGAUGUUUAUUUUUCGAUAUGCACAAACAACUGGUCAAAGAAGGAUGGUGCAAUUCAUGUCCAAUCGGAAAUUUUUAUUCUGCGGUUGUAUUCCAUACUUUAUCUUUCUCAUGGCAUUUUCAUAUAUCGACGCGCUCUUUAGCAUUCCAAACGUCCAAAUUUUUAUCGAAAAAUUCGGAAAUUCAAAUCCAAAAAUUGCAGAAUACAUAAAAGGAAAACCACUUCUCGUGGAAGUGGUAGGUUAACUUAUAACAAUACACGUCAAUCCAAAAUAGAAGAAAAAAUUUCCCGCCCCUUUUUGGUGAUUCGUCAAAACGAAAUGUCACUAUCCGAUAAAACGCAUUUUCUUAUCUUUCUUCUUCCUUUUCGAGAAAAAGCAAUUAUUUCGGACGAGAAAAAGUGCCGAUAAUUUCGCGACAUUUCGUCCCUCUUUUAAAACCAAUGAAAACGAUACGAAGUUUCGAAACGGUUCAGGAAAUGCGCUGGAUUGACGUGCAAUAUGUAUAUGUUACUGUGUUUUGAAAACCCUGAAAGAAAUUACAAAUUAAUGUUUUGCAGAGUACCUGGUACAAAAAUUACGAACGAUAUGUCCCCUCAUCGAUUGGCUUGUUGAUUUGCGCUUUUUCAACCUACGGAUGCUACAACUUCCAAAACCAACGGAGUCAGAGUCUGAGUGAUCGGACGAAGGCGCUCUACCGUACCCUCAUAAAUGCUCUUUUAAUUGAAAUGGCAGUAAUGGCAGUGGCCAUCUUUACUCCCGUAGUCAUUUGUCAGGUGUUCAUUGGAGCCGCUUAUCGUCCAAUUGGAACAGCGUUAAUGUGGCGCUGGCUCUACCUUUACCCAACAUUUACCAUGAUUUUCAACAUGUCUUAUAUUGGAUGCUACCGACGAGGAUGUAGAAAGAUGAUCUUGAAAAAGAUUUUUGGAAUCGAGGAAAAGAAUGGAAUCAUGGUUGUGGGAGAGACGUCAUCAUUUGUCUCGUCGACGUAA